GGCACAACGAGCCCGUUGGAAGAGGCAAUGCAGUUUGGACUGCCAUCUGCAGAGACAGUGCAAGGAAGACUCUUAAGAGCUUUCUGUGUGACAGCGUUCCUGAGUGUGUUGAUGCUCCCGCUGCUGAGGACUGUGGGAUUGCGUGCGUUCUCCAUGGCGACUGAAGCGUAUUCAUCCGGGACUCACUCUGCAGCCUUCGUCACCUGCCCCAAUGACACCGUGGCCAAAGACCUGGCCAGAGGGAUAGUGGAGAAGAAACUGGCAGCCUGCGUGAACAUCGUGCCCAAAAUCACAUCAGUAUAUGAAUGGCAAGGAAAGAUCGAAGAGGACAGUGAAGUGCUGCUGAUGAUUAAGACGAGGACGACAAAGAUCUCUGCCCUCGCUGAAUAUGUUCGGUCCAAUCAUCCGUACGAAGUGGCCGAGGUCAUUAGUUUGCCCAUCGAUCAGGGGAACCCUCCCUACCUGAAGUGGAUUGGAGACAUUGUGCCUGAAUAAACGAGCAAAAUCACAGACAGGAUGAAAGAAAUUCUCCACAAGAUCCUGGAAAAAAAUGCUUCUUAUUUCUGUGUGUUCAUGAAGGAAGAAUCAAUCUCCAUAUUUUUAUUAUUAUUAUUUUUUGAUAUAAAAAUGUGAGCAGAACAACCAGCAGCACCAAUAAUGUGCAGCUUUGACUUGAAAUAACUUGAGUUUCACUUUAAUAAAAAAGACGAAGAUGCC